AUGCGUAUACUCGCUAUAGUAAUCAAGACAUCCGCAAUAUACUCUAUCGUUCUCAUAGUUGUUGCGCUUGGCCUGGUAGUUCCCCUGCUAAGCAAUGUAGCUUCUCCGUUGGUUGCGUUGGAAACCUAUGCUACUGUGGCAGAAAAUGUGCUGCGACUUGUUCCGACUGCUAUGGUACUACGACUAGUGCUUGCAAGCCACCAUGCUACUAUGUCUUCCCACGCUUCGCUUCCCCAAGUUAGUGCUAUUGUUUCUGAUGGGCAGUGA